CCCCCAACACACACACACACACACACACACACACACACACACUAGCACUAACACUGGAGUCAGUUUUAUUCCGGUACCUCGGGUGAGAAAGUCGCUGAGAGAGUGAUGGAGAAGUGGCUGCUGAAGCGAUGGCGACUUUCUGUCUGCCUCCUCGUCACCUUUUUAUCCACAGCGUUUGCCGAGGUGGUGUAUCUCCACUCCCAGCGCAACUCCUCCAUCGAGUUCUCCUGCAUGCCUCCUCAAAAUUCCGAUCAGCUGUUUGCUUUUUCUCUGAAACGUGACUGGCUUCAAAAAGGAACAGUGCUGUAUCACAACUUCAAAUCCCAGCCCAGCAUUAACGAUCCCACGUUUAACGAUCGCAUCUCGGACCAAACCGACGGGAACCAAACAGUCAGCGUGAGCAUCACGUUCUUGCAGGGCUACGACACCGACGUGUACGUGUGUGUGUUCCACUACAGAACGCCCACGGGCUUUCAGAACCUGUCGGGGAAGGCAAGGAUCCUCCUGUACGUCCAGGAUUACCAUAUCGAGCCGUGUAGCUGCAGCAGUUACACACCGCUGCUCUUCUCUCUGUCUGCGGCAGGAGGACUGCUCUUCUUCAUCAUCCUCGUCCUCGCUGCAAUGCAAUGUAAGAAGAAGCCGAGUAGAGGAGGUCAGACAAAGCCGCAGCUCUCAGUUCCCAUCUAUGAGGAGAUGAACGGCGUGAGAGAGAAACCGAACUCUCGCUCACUGGAGGACGACGUCUCGUCUCUCUACGUUCGGCCGAAGAAAGAGAAUCCCUACAUCAACUGAGGUGUGAUCUCUGAGUGUUACGUGACUGUAAAAUCUCAAACCUCAAAAUGUUUUUCAAAAAACUCAAACGUUUAUCUUUAGUCGCACAGAAAGACGCUUCGUGUUCCGCUAACUUUAUAAGAAUGUUUUUUACUAAUACAUUAGUAAUUAAAUUCUAAUCAAUUAUUUUCUUAAUAUACUGUUAAUAGACAAUGUUAUAAUAAAAAAGUUUAUUAUUAUUAUUACUGUUAAUAAUAAUAAUAAUAAUAAUAAUAAUAAUAACAGUUUUUACAUAUUGCAUCUUUUGUACAUUUAACAUGCAGCUCACAGUGUGAAAAUAAACAACAGAAAUAAUCAAACGAAAAAUAAUAAAGAAAUAAAAUAGUAAUAGACGCUUAAAUGACCCAUUCAAAUUUAAUUUUUAAUACUUUAUACAAAAUAUUUCUUUACAUAAAUAGAAAUCCUAAUCCUAAUAUUUACAUAUUUCUGUUUCUCCUAUUUUUUUAAAAGCAUUUUUCAUAUUUUUUAAAUUUACAUUUUCAGUAUUUUGACAUUUUUUAAUGCUCAUACCUUUUUGAAUAUAUGUACAUGUACACCGAACAUUCAAGAAGUGAGGCAGAUACUGUUGAAAACUAUUGUUUUUAAAAAAAAUAAUAAUAAAUAAAUAAAUAAAUAUUUUCUUUUCUUGUGCUGUUCAAAAAAAAAAAAAAAAACAGUUGAGACACGAGUGAAAAUUUCAGAAAGGUGAUGAAAUGAAAGUCGUAAACAAGACGCAAGUGAGUCACACCCAUGUGAGAACCGUGUGUGUGUGUGUGUGUGUGUGUGUGUGUGUGUGUGUGUGUGUGUGUGUGUGUGCGUGCGUGUGUGUGUGCGUGUGCGUGCGUGUAUGCACACGCGCUUGUGUGUGUGUAUGUGUGUGUGUGUGUGUUUUAGAUCCUAGUUCCAGUUGUCAUCUCAUCUAUUUAUUUACAUUCUUUCAGCUAGAACAAUAAAGAAUAACUUUUUUAUGAAUGAACCACUUUUAUCAGUUUUAUUAAGUUUUAUAUUUUAUUUUUAUUUGUGUUUCAUCACCAGUCAGCGCAACAAAAGAGGAAUUGUCGAAACUUUUCUUUCUUUCCUGUACGAGUCUUGUGAAAUGAAAUCUUGUGUAAUCAUGAACAGUGUGUUAUUCUUCCAUAAAUACAAAAAGCUUUACAGAAAAUAAUAUAAACUUCAUUACAAUUCACGUUCACAUUUUAAUAUUUGUUUUUAUUUUUUUUGCAUUUGCUUUGUGUUUAAUCUUUACACUGAAAUGUUCUCGUCUGGAUUUAAGGAAUGAAAUAAACGCUGUACUACUGAUCAAACGAA